UAGUCUACUGUUAGUUGUUGUAACUGCCUAGACACACUGGUGACUAGUCCUGGGCUGGAGGAAGUGGAAGCCUUGGCCCUGCUCAUUUUAGAACUGGCAGACAACAGUGACCUUCACCUAGUGCCAGCUGACCUAAGGCUGAAGAUUGGCACUGCAUUUGGUGCUCUGCAUGAGCAUGACAGGUCUGCAGCCAACUUUGUAAAAAGGUAUGAGUCAAGGUGGGGUUACACCCUGUUUGGCAGAUGCUUGGGAGCUGACACACCUGAGACCAGAGCAGCCCAGAAGACAAAGUUUUCCUGGAUGAGGUACCCUCAGGCAGCCCAGGUGACUGAGGAUAGUCGUCUGUUGUACCUUAUUAUUAAGAUGCUUAAAAACCGGCCACCAGCCAGUCGUCUCACCUCCCCCACUAAAAUCACCAAUGAAAUCAAGAGCCAGUAUAAAAGGAUUGUAGACCGAGUCAGAGACGAUCCCAUCUUCAACGGUUUCUCCAUUCCUCUGCCCAAUCUGAAUGCCAAGUCCACCUCUACAUUCAUGGCACGGGAAGAGAAAAAGGCUAACUACAGGGCAACAGUAAUACCAAAAGUGAAACCCCACCAAAGAGUGCUGUCAGAAGAACCAAUGCCAGCAGCUCCUACUCUGCCAGAAUCCCUUCCAGCUCCAGAUCGACCUCAGGUUCAGUACCAGAGCCUACGUCAUGUAGCUGGGAAAAAGCAUGGUCAGAAGCGGAGGUUAGAUGUGGAAAUGCUUGUCAACCGGCCCAUUCAACCUAAAACCCCUGUGGCCACGUACAUCCCACCCAGAGCGUCAGCAGCACCUGUCCUGGUAGUGGUUCCUGCACAGCCACAGAGACCAUCCAUGAUGCUCUGCAGGGCAUCCAGCAGUCAAGGGUUCAUACCUUUCGCACCGCCUCCUGCGCUGAGAUCUAGAUUAAUCAAGCCUCAUAAAUCCAUGAGGCCUUGUGGGGCCUGCCAAGUACCCAGUGUGGUGGGCAGCGUAAGAGGUACACGCCCUCCAAAGACAAGGCUGCUGAAAGUCGCCAAAAAAUAUUCACCUAUUGCCCAGCAACUAGGAAGUCCACCACUACAGGUUUUGAAGGUGUUGAGUUCAACAGUUUUGAAUACUUCAAAAGUGUAGUAGAUGAGGAACUAAAAAAAAAAAAAAACUACAACUACAUCUGCUACUACACCCCCCAAAUCACAAUAGCAGAUUUCUGGGUUAUGGUUUGGACUUGGUUCAGACCUGGAUUAGACCUAGUUUAGAUUUUGCCAUAAUUUGGUCCUGGUUUAGACAUGGUGUGGGUUACAGAGAUUUACAUGUCCUCAACAUUAUUUACACUUUGUAGGUUACAAUGUACUAUUUGCCAUGUUAUUUAUAUUCUCAUUAUAAGGCUAAAAUAUAGUAAGCCAUAUUUGCUACUAUAUCUAGCUCUUAUACCAAUUCACCGAUUCAUUAUACACCAUCUAUAAAACACAUACCUAUUUUCACAUAGAAAAAAAGAUGUUUUUAGUGAAUGUAAAUAUCUGCUUAACAUCGCAUACCAUUGUACUGCAUUAUCUCAUCCCCUUGUAUAUAUUGUAUGUACAUUGUAUAUUGCUCAGUGUGUACAUGUAUAAAUCUUGUAAUAAGAAUCCUGUAAAUAAUAACUUGUAACUAUUUUGCUAUAUUUUCUGCUAAAUUACUUAAUAAUUAAUGUUAAUUCUAUUCUGUUUACCUUGU